GCUGUUUGGUUUGCAGAGAUAGAGAGAGAGAGAGAGGGAAAAACAUGGAGGAAGGACAGUGUGAAGAGGAAGUGCUUGGUUCAAGCUUAACAAUGGAGAAAGUUGCUGCUGCUAAGCAAUUUAUUGAGAAUCACUACAAGACCCAAAUGAAGACUAUUCAACAACGCAAAGAAAGGCGUUGGGUUCUAGAAAGAAAGCUAGCAUCUUCAGAUGUGCCUAAAGAAGAGCAAAUGCAUCUAAUCAAAGAUCUAGAGCAAAAGGAGACAGAGUAUAUGAGACUGAAGAGGCACAAAAUAUGUGUGGAUGAUUUUGAACUUCUAACAAUUAUUGGCAGAGGAGCCUAUGGUGAGGUAAGAUUAUGCAGGGAGAAGAAAUCCGGCAACAUUUAUGCCAUGAAGAAGUUAAAGAAAUCUGAAAUGCUCAUCAGAGGACAGGUGGAGCAUGUGAGAGCUGAAAGAAAUUUAUUGGCAGAAGUGGCCAGCCAUUGCAUUGUAAAAUUAUACUACUCAUUCCAAGAUGCUGAAUAUCUUUACCUUGUCAUGGAGUAUCUUCCUGGCGGUGACAUGAUGACUCUGCUGAUGAGAGAAGACACAUUGUCUGAAAGUGUAGCUAAAUUUUAUAUUGCUCAGAGUGUCCUAGCUAUAGAAUCCAUUCACAAGCAUCAUUACAUUCACAGAGAUAUCAAACCUGACAACCUUCUUUUGGACAAAAACGGUCACAUGAAGCUCUCUGAUUUUGGUCUCUGUAAGCCUCUUGAUCGUAGAACGUUAUCCACAUUAAAAGAAAAUGAAGCAAUGGAUGAUGAGAAUAUAAAGGACCCUAUGGAUAUAGAUAGCACCUUCCCAGAUACCAAUGAUGGAAAUACGUGGAAAAGCCCCCGCGAAAAACUUCAUCAUUGGCAGAUAAACAGGAGGAAAUUGGCAUUUUCAACAGUUGGUACACCAGACUAUAUUGCUCCUGAGGUACUAUUGAAGAAAGGAUAUGGAAUGGAAUGUGAUUGGUGGUCCCUUGGUGCAAUUAUGUACGAAAUGCUCAUUGGUUAUCCUCCAUUCUACGCUGAUGAUCCAAUAACUACUUGCAGAAAGAUAGUUCACUGGAGAAAUCACCUAAGGUUUCCUGAAGAUAUCAAACUCUCACAUGAGGCAAAGGAUCUUAUUUGCAGGUUACUAUGUGAUGUUGAACAUAGACUGGGUACUGGAGGUUCUAACCAAAUAAAGGCUCACCCUUGGUUCAAGGAUAUUGUAUGGGAUAGGCUGUAUGAAAUGGAAGCAGCCUUCAAACCAGAAGUUAAUGGAGAGCUGGACACCCAGAAUUUUAUGAAGUAUGAUGAGAUGGAUACUCCAACAUCAGCAAGAUCUGGUUCAGGACCUUCUCGGAAGAUGUCAUUAACUCCCAAAGAUCUAAGUUUUGUGGGCUAUACGUACAAAAACUUUGACGCUGUCAAGGCACUACGCAACUCUUCUGAUCCUACAAGGGACACAUCACCUAGGCGCAUUGAUUCCAUAUUCGGUAAUUCUAAGGACUAUCUUUCAACAAAUGCAACAGCUGGAGAAAUAGAUACAGAGAUGAUAACGUCAACCGGUUGCUCACCUCUUUAUCAGCAUUCAAAGUGGUUCUCUCUGCAUUUCGCGGCAUCAUCAUAUAAGUGUACAGUAGUGCUUGAGAAACUUGGUUGAUUUGUAGGACAUGGAAAACUGUUGUAGGGAAUGUUUGUGCAAUAGAAACUUAGGCUGCUUGAUAUCAUCCAUUGCCCAGGUUGGCAAUCAAAUGCUUUCUCUUGUGGCAAUUUCUGGUCAGAUAAAAUUUAACUAAUGGGAAAUAUGGCUUUGGGGACCAAUUAUACUGUGGUUUUUAUGGGCAAAACUUUGUUCGUCUGCCUGUGAGCUUUCUACUAUUGUAUUUUCAAGCUGUUCCAUGUAUAGCAGAGCAGAAAAUAUUGCUACCCUGUUGUAUCUUCUUUUUUGGUUAUGCCUUCUCAUUUUCUUGA